AUGGGGGCACAUAAUGUGGCUACUCUUUGCCUACUUCUUGCUACUGUUUUCACUUCCUUAGCAAUUUCUAGUUCCCAUUCCCUUCCUCCUACGCAGCCACCCAAAGCAUAUUGUCCACCCACGGAAAGUCCUCCACACACUAAGCCGCCAAGCCAUCAUCACAAACACCCUCAUCAUCCACCCCAUAAACCACCUCAUACUCCCCCAAAAUCACCAGAAAAACCACCUCCCCAUCAUCAUCCUUACAAGCCACCUAAAACACCACCCACAAAACCACCUCAUCACCCACAUAAACCACCCCAUCACCCACCUAAACCACCUCCAACACCCCCGAUUGUUAGUCCACCAAAACCUCCGGUUGUUAGCCCACCUUCAACACCUCCAGUGGUGACCCCUCCCUCAACACCGCCGGUUGUAACCCCACCUUCAACACCUCCAAUUGUCACCCCACCCACAACACCUCCAGUUGUAAGUCCACCAAAGCCCCCGGUUGUUAGCCCACCUUCAACACCUCCAGUUGUGACUCCACCGACAACACCCCCAGUUGUAAGUCCACCUACAACACCUCCAGUAGUAACCCCACCCACAACACCCCCGAUUUGGUGA